CCAUUGUAGUCCUUCCAGUAGAGUCCCAGGAGAGGCACCAAAAACAAUUAUGGAACAUGAAAAUGAGCAUGAUAGGGCCCCUUUAAUCAUAAAAUGACUAAUGAAUUCUGCAGACAAAAAGAAAGGCAUAAUCGAGGUACUUCGAGGUAAUCGCCAAAAAUGCAGUGUUUACAGAAUGGAUACGGUGUAGGAAACACAGUUUAAUUUAGUUUAUCAUAUUUAUUUGCCCUCCACAGAGUUAUCUCAGAACUACAUCUUUAAGGUCAAAGUCUGAGUUUGUUACGUGAGACUGCCGUAGAUUUAGCUCUCCUUUGUGUAACUAAACUGCUACUGGAGCACACCACACACUCUGAACUUUAGUCCUGUUCAGUGCCCACACCCUCCGAGCUGCAGUAUCUCACAGAGCUGGAGAACAGUCGGCCAUCCGUUUGCUUUGAAGGAGGAACGCACAAACAAGCUCGUGAACUCCGUUGACCGGGACGCUCUCGAUUUUCUUUCAGAGAUGUACCGACCAAUCUUGACGGCACUUGCAGUGCUGCUCUGCUCUUCACCCUUGGUCAAUUCAGGGAAAAUCUUGGUUGUCCCUGUGGAUGGAAGCCAUUGGAUCAACAUGAAAGUCCUCGUCGAAGAGCUUCACUCCAGAGGUCACGAAAUCACAGUUAUACGGCCAUCAGACAGCUGGUACAUCAAGACAGAGUCCCCUUACUACAAGUCCAUCACAAUAAAUUCUGCUGCUGGCUUUGAUGAAGAAGGCUUUGGGAUAUUUGUAACCAAAAUGCUGAGCAUGCGUCGGGAAGGUGCUUCACUUUGGGCGCGUUUAUCCCUGGAGUAUGAACUGGUGGAACAGUUCUAUCAGAUGAACUUGCAAAUGCUUGCAAUGGUAGGGGAGAUGUUUGAGAAUACCCAACUGAUGCAGAGCCUGAAUGAUGCCAAGUAUGAAUUAGUUCUGACAGACCCUGCGAUCGGUACAGGGGUGCUUAUUGGUCAUCGUUUGGGUCUUCCACUUGUCCUCAAUGUGAGGUGGACUGUUCAGGGUGAGGCACAUCAUGCAAUUGCACCUUCCCCCUUUUCAUAUGUCCCAAUACCAGGGGCAGAGCUGACUGACAAGAUGAAUUUCCUCCAGCGGGUUAAGAACUUAACAUACUUUUUCUAUAUUUGUUUUCAAACUUGGUAUGUAACAGAUUCCAGCUACAAACAAUUUAUCCAGCGUUACUUUGGAAAUGAUGUUCAUUACAUGGACCUUUUUCAGGCAGCGGACAUCUGGCUAAUGAGGAACGAUUUUACCUUUGAGUUUCCAAGACCCACAAUGCCAAACAUUGUCUACAUGUCAGGAUUUCAGUGCAAACCCUCCAAGCCCCUGUCUAAAGAAUUAGAAGACUUUGUCCAGAGCUCUGGUGAACAUGGUGUUAUCGUUAUGACUUUGGGAACCCUGGUGGCAAAACUUCCUGAGGACAUUACUGAGGACAUUGCUGCUGCUUUUGCCCAACUUCCUCAGAAGGUGAUCUGGAGGCACAAAGGCAAAAGACCAUCAACCCUCGGCAACAACACCUUACUUUUGGAAUGGUUACCUCAAAACGACCUCCUGGGUCACCCCAAGACCAAAUUGUUUGUGGCCCACGGAGGCACCAAUGGACUCCAGGAGGCCAUCUACCACGGUGUACCCCUUGUGGGCCUGCCCCUCAUGUUUGACCAGCCUGACAACUUCUUCAGGAUGAAAGCAAGAGGUGUGGCCCAAGUCCUGGACAUUGCAACUGUAAACAAAGACAACUUCCUGGAGGUGCUGAAGGAGGUACUCUAUGACCCAACCUACAGGGAGAAGAUGAGGGUGCUGUCUAACCUGCACAGAGACCAGCCCAUGAAACCACUGGACAAGGCCAUGUUCUGGAUCGAGUUUGUGAUGAGGAACAAGGGAGCAGCACAUCUUAGGACAGAGUCUUACAAGAUGUCCAAGAUCCAGUACCAUUCGAUCGAUGUGGUGGCCUUUUUGCUUGCAGUCGUUUUUCUAGUUUUUGCAGUUUUUAUUUAUGCAAUGAAGGUUUUGUGGCAAAUAUUUUUUUCCAGAAACAAAGUCAAAAAGGAAUGAUUAAUGUGCUGCAGGAUGUUUGUCUGACAAUAUUUUUUUAAAUUUGGGAAGUCUGUUUCUCAGUGUUUAGUACUAGAAGUCUAACCUGAAUUAUGCCAAAGAAGUUAUGUUAACGUGAUUUUUUCGUUCGAUUGUCUGCACAGAUUAUUUGAAAUAAUUCUUGCAGGUUUUUUUAAAAUACAAAAAUGUUUUUUAUAAACUACUGCAUUUUUUAAAUUAAAUUAAAUGAUAUAAGACUAUAUUUAUAAAAACGUUCAUAUUUUAAUUUUUUUGUCUAUCAUCUGGGGCUGGGCAAUGAUUUAAUAUUCCUCAUGAGUUUUAGUAAUGAUCCAAUGUUUUAAUGUAAAUUGUUCAAAUCAAUUCAUGUUUUCAAAAUCAUGAUUUCAGGCUGUAAAUAAAAACUGGCAAAAAAAAAUGUAUUGAAUUUCUA